AUGAGUCCUAGGAUUGCAAUUAUCGGUGCAGGUCUUUGCGGCCUGACAAUUUCCCGACUGUUGGAAUGUAGAGGAAUCGAUUUCGCUCUUUUCGAAAAGGGGGAAGAGGACAAGCAUCUUGAGUGCGGGGGUGGUUCUGUCGACAUAUACAAGGACACUGGGCAGCGAGCGCUACGAGAGGCCAACUUGUUAGAUGAAUUCCUUAAAUCCGCAAAGUUGGGAGACGACAAGCUGGCGAUCUAUGAUAGACAUGGAAAGAAGUGGGCUGACGUCGGUGGCGACGACGAGCAUUUAGGUCAAGGGCCACCUCAGAUCGACCAACUGGUACUGAAACGAAUGCUUUUGCAAUCAUUACCAAAAGGGAAGAUCCAUUGGGGUCAUCGAGUCAGUUGUGUGGAAUUGGGUCCCAAGCGUAAACCGGUCUUGAAAUUCGCAAAUGGAUUAACAGCAGCUGGAUUUGAUCUUGUCGUUGGCGCAGAUGGUAUAUGGAGCGGAGUGCGUCAAUCGAUUACUUCAUGCAAGCCACGAUAUUCAGGCAGAUACUUCAUCGAAUCGAGGAUAGAUCCCAAGAAUGCCAUGUAUCAGUACAUCAUGACCGAAUUCGGCACCAACGACACCGCAAUUCUAGACGGUGCAAAGCAAGUGAUCAUCCAGCGGCUAGGUGAUGGGUCCUAUCGACUAUACCUUGGUAUCUCUGUUCCAGAAGACUUUCUCUUGGUAUCGCCCGACCUAACGGACCUCUCGAAUAUCCGCCGGCUCCUUCUCUCCAAAGAAUUUUUCGGAGGAUGGGAUGUGAAGCUGAAGAAGGUGAUCGAAAAUUGCGAGAAAUUUCAUAUUCGACCGCUUUAUUACUUCCCGCCCGAUGCCCUGGGCUGGGAAUCUGUUCCAGGCCUGACACUAGCAGGCGAUGCUGCCCACGCUUCGACUCCGUAUGUGAACGAAGGGGUUAACUGCGCCAUGGUGGAUGCUCUUACCCUUGUGUCCGAGAUCGCUUCCCAUGGGGUUGAGGGUCUGUACCAAGCUGUCCGAAAAUACGAGGAGGCCAUGUUUGUUCGAGGCAGAAAUUUGAUUUCAGAGAGUCAGAAACAAGGUGAAUUGAUGUCCCACGAGGAUGGUCCAAAUGCGUAUCUGCAAGCUAUUCAGUUGGGAGUUAUGGAGGGUGAUGGGCCAGCAGGUUUCCAUCGACAAGUCGUGUACUGUUGA